AUGCGUCUUCAAUUACCAAUUGAUUCUAUGGUCUCGGCCACGGAUCCCGACUGUGGCAUAAACGCAAUGGUCAACUACACACUGGGAGACGACUUCGGGAAAAUCAAGGAGUUCGUGGUGAAAUCGGACACGGGGGAGGUGUGCAUCAGCUCCUCCUUGGACUACGAGACCAGAAACAGCUACGAAUUUCCAGUCGUCGCCGCCGACAGAGGAGGCCUGAGCACCACAGCAAUUGUAAAAAUCCAAGUGACCGACAUCAACGACAACCGCCCCGUGUUCUACCCCCGCGAGUACAACGUGUCGCUGCGCGAGGGCGGCGGCCCAUCGUCGGCCACCAUCCCAGUGGUCGUGGUGGCGGCCACCGAUCCGGACUCGGGAAAAUACGGCGUCAUCACCUACAAAAUAGUGGCUGGAAACGAAGCGGGUCUGUUCAGGAUCGACAAGAACACCGGCGAGAUCUUCGUCAGCAGGCCCAGUUUGUUGUCGACCAGAAGCCAGCCGUACCACAAACUGAACAUCAGUGCCAGUGAUGGUGGUAAUUUGAAAUCGCUGAAGGACGCUGAGGUGUUUAUUAGUGUCAUCGAUUCGGCUCAGAGGCCGCCGAUAUUCGAACAUCCUAGGUACACGUUCAGCGUCAGCGAGAACGUGAAGGAAGACACCGUAAUUGGAAGUGUUAAGGCCGCAGUCAAUGAUAAUGGUGAUCGAAGAAACGUAAGGUACUCGAUUUAUUCCGGCGACCCCAACGGCUUCUUCAAAAUCGACCCCAACACAGGAAUAUUGAGGACGGCGUCCAAAUUGGACCACGAGACCAAAGCGAACGUCCUGCUCAACAUCCAGGCGACCAGCGGAACACCACCGAUCCACGGUCACACUCAAGUAAACAUCGAAAUCGAAGACAUCAACGACAACGCACCGGAGUUCGAGUCCAGCACGGUACGAAUUUCGGUGCCCGAAAACGUCGACAUCAACGUACCACUGUACGCGGCCCACGCCAAAGACAAAGACUCCCGCUCGAACGGCAUGGUAAGGUACAAGAUCGUCAACAACAACGAAAAACUCUUCGAAAUCGAUCCGAAGCUCGGCCAUUUGUCGUUGAUACGGCACCUCGACUACGAAACCAAACAAAGGCACACCCUGAUCAUUUCCGCCACUGAUAUGGGUACUCCUCCCCUGUCCGCCAAUCUCACGGUACUCGUGGAGGUGCAGGACGUCAAUGACAACCCUCCGGUGUUCGAAAGGAGGGAGUACAGUUUGAAGGUGUUGGAAUCGCAACCUGUUAACUCGCAGAUCCUGCAGCUGACGGCAAUCGACAAGGACACAGGCAACAACGCCCGAAUAACCUACCGCCUCCUACCCUCCAACAACUCAGACGACUCAGACAUCAAAGACAUCUUCGGCAUAUUCCCCAACAGCGGUUGGCUCUACCUCAAAGAAAACCUGGACAGAGAAAAGAAGGACCGAUACGUUUUAACCGUGGCAGCAACCGACAACGGAACUCCAUCGGAAACCGCCACCACCAAAGUACUGAUCGAAGUCCUGGACGCCAACGACAACGACCCCAUUUUCGAUCGGGAGUCAUACGAGUUCGGCAUCGAGGAGAACCUAAGACGCGGCACUUUGGUCGGGAAGAUCACCGCCAAAGAUGCCGACGCCGGAGUCAAUUCCGUCGUUAGGUACAGCCUCAUACCCAGCAACACGAGCUUCCAAAUCAACUCUGUUACCGGCGAGAUAACAACAAAAGAGCAACUAGACAGGGAACUGAAGGAAACGCAUGAUUUGGUCGCCGAGGCUAGAGACCAAGGAAGUCCGCCACGCACGGCACGCGUUGCCGUUAAAAUUAUCGUCUUCGACGUCAACGAUAAUUCCCCGGAAAUCGUAGAUCCUCAAGAGGACGUCGUCAGCGUCCGCGAGGAGCAGCCGUCCGGCACUGAAGUCGUACGAGUGCGAGCUGUUGACGCCGACAACGGUAACAACGCCUCCAUCACUUAUUCCAUUUUAAACAACAAAGACUCCGAUGGUUACGGAAUGUUCACCAUCGACCAGAACUCGGGUGUUAUCAGGACAAGAAUGACUCUAGACCACGAGGAGAAAACGAUUUAUCGUCUGGCGAUUGCCGCCACUGACGGUGGAAGACCUGCCAAGCAAACUGUUAGGAUGUUACGCGUUGAAGUGUUAGACGUAAACGAUAACCGACCCACCUUCACAAGUUCCAGUCUUGUCUUCAGGGUAAAGGAAGACGUACCAAUAGGUUUUGUGGUUGGCUCCAUAGCGACCAACGAUCCCGCCGCAGAAAAUACAAUUCCAGACAGUUCAGGAGGACACAUCACCUACACGUUAAGUUCUUUAUCCUCCGAUACAAUCCCGGAUGCCUUCGACAUCGAUCGCAUCACCGGAUCGUUGGUAGUGGCCAGACAAUUGGAUCGUGAGACUCAAACCGAGUACCGAUUGGAGGUCCGAGCCCUAGACACCAGUGCAAUGAACAACCCCCAAAGCAGUGCCAUUACGGUGAGAGUGGACAUUGCGGACGUCAACGAUAAUCAUCCCAAAUGGCUCCAAGACCCAAUAACAAUACCGAUCAGCGAAAGCACUGAGGUUGGGUCUUCGGUUUAUAAUUUCUCUGCGGUGGAUGCUGACAGUGGCAGUAACGGUGAUUUGCGUUACAGUUUAGUUAGACAGUAUCCAAACAGUAGUUGUUUUAUGGUGGAUAAUCUUACCGGCACACUUGUGCUGACCAGUGCGGUAGACUACGAAAAAAUUCAAGAGUAUACAAUCAUAGUGAAGGCUACGGAUCAGUCGUUGAACGUUUCUGAGAGGCUGAGUACUAGUGUUACGGCUCGCAUCAUCGUCACCGAUUCCAACGACAAUUCACCGAAGUUUGUGGUUCCGACAACGUCCAUGGUGUACUUGAGUGAAAAGAUCACAGUUGGUAUGAUGGUGACGCAUAUUGUGGCAGUGGAUAGUGAUAGUGGUGACAAUGGAAGAGUGACCUACAUCAUCACCAGUGGCAACGAUAUGGGUUUGUUCUCACUGGGCUACGAUACAGGAGUUCUGACGUUGGCUAAACCUUUGUUGGACAACCAGAAGUCUUUUGUGCUUAAUGUGUCUGCAACGGAUCAUGGUACUCCCACUAGACAUGCCAGCAUGGUACUGAAGAUGGUAGUGCAAGGAAACGUGGAUGACUCGCCGAAGUUUUCCAGUGCCGCAUACAGAGCCACUGUUUCGGAAGAUCUACAAGUCGGAGGAUUUGUUACGCAAGUUUCAGCCAACGCUAUAUCUGACUACGGCGGAAAUCUGUCAUUUUUAAUACCACCUGGAUUUGCCGACGACACCUUUGAAAUCAGCCACAGCGGAAGAGUGUCCACAAGAAAACCGCUCGAUAGAGAACAAAUAGAAGAGUACAUCAUACCAGUGUACGUAACCGAUUCUAGUUCAUCUCCUGGUGUCACUUUAGUCGACGUCUCUACUAUAAUAAUAACUAUAACUGAUGUAAACGAUCACGCACCGACAUUCCAACCGGGAACAUGCUACAGAUUAUCCAUACCAGAAAACAGCGAAGCUGCAGCCAUUCAUACUGUGGUGGCCAAAGAUUCAGACGCUGGAAGAAACGGAGAGAUCCUAUACAGCAUCACCAGCGGCAACAUCGGCAACAAAUUUUCAAUUGACGCCAAAUCUGGCGAUUUAACCGCAAAAUCAUUGGAUAGGGAAAGUCACUCUUCCUAUCACUUAACCAUAACAGCACAAGAUCGUGGCACGCCAGCAAUGCAAGGAAACUGCAACUUGACUAUCUAUGUGGAGGACCAAAACGACAACGAUCCGAAAUUUGAUCUACCCAAGUACUCCAGUACCAUUUUAGAAGAUGUUCCCAUUGAUACAUCCAUUUUGAAAGUACAUGCGUCUGAUUUGGAUAUGGGAGUGAAUGCGAGGAUCAUUUAUUCUUUGGCCAACGAAAGUCAAUGGUUAUUUCGCAUUGACAACAAAACUGGAGUCGUCACCACUGCUGGGUUGUUUGAUAGAGAAAGGCAGAGCCAGUACAAUUUUCUGGUGGUAGCUACUGAUAGUGGCAAAUACAACGCCAGAUCCACCAAGGUUCCCGUAACCAUUAGAAUCAACGACGUCAACGACAACAAGCCGGUUUUCGUAAAUUAUCCGUUCAGAGAGAAAAUCGCCGCUUACAUACAACCGGGACAAACUAUCGUUAAAGUCCUCGCCAAAGACGCGGAUCAAGGUACCAACUCAGAAAUCGUCUACAGUUUAAAGAACGAAGAAUCCUACGGGAAAUUCCGUAUAAAUCCGAACACCGGUGUCAUAACAGCCACCCAAACCCUCGCCAGCGAUAGCGGAAAAGUGAUCUACAUGAACGUGGUGGCAACCGACAAAGGUAACCCACCAAAGAGCUCGUCAGGCUUAGUCGAAAUCAUCGUAGGAGAAUUACCGAUAGGCGCACCGCAGCUGCGUUUCCAAAAUGACACCUACGAAGUCACCAUUCCUGAGAACACAGACCAAUUCAGGGACAUCAUCCAAGUAUCGGCCGUACGAACCGAUGGUAGAAGGCAAAGGAUUUACUAUUCGUUUGGCAACGGCAACGAAGAGAACAUUUUCGUUAUCAAUUCGGAAACUGGCAUGAUACAAGUUCGCGACCCGAAAUACUUAGAUUAUGAACUUCACAGUGAAAUUAAAUUGGUCGUCGAAGCGAAAGCUGAUGGUAAUCCUGCCCUCCACGGGUACUGCGAUGUUAAAAUUAAACUGACAGAUCAAAACGACAACGCUCCCAAGUUUACUCAGCAACAAUACACCGCUGCAGUUUGGGAAGGCGAUAAGAAAGGAGCAUUCGUUUUACAAGUCGUUGCAUUUGAUGCAGACGAAGGCAAAAACUCCAGGAUAUUAUACCACAUUGUUGACGGUAAUCAUGAUAACGCCUUUAAGAUAGAGCCUGCCUUCAGCGGUAUUCUGAAAACAAACAUCGUUUUGGACAGGGAAAUUCGGGACAAUUAUAGAUUAACUGUGAUAGCAACAGACGAAGGUGUGCCUCAAAUGACGGGUACAGCAAGAAUAAGGAUCAACGUUGUUGAUGUGAACGAUAAUCAGCCAACAUUUCCACCUCACAGUAUUAUAACAGUCAGUGAAAACACAAAGAUCGGUACAGCUCUAACAACAGUGACAGCUAAUGAUGUGGAUACGAAUCCUCCAUUGACGUAUAGUUUUUCCAAGGAUAACGACAGGAACUACUUGGAAUACUUCAGCAUUGAUAGGUUCAGUGCGAAAGUUAUACUAAAGAAACCGUUAGACUACGAAGAUAUUCAGGAAUUCCAACUAAGGAUUGAGGCUUCAGACACUCAACACGUAGCACAAACAACAUUAACUAUCAAAAUCACAGACGUUAACGACAAUGCACCGGUCUUCUCACAAAUAUUUUAUCAAACCAAUUUACCUGAUACGAAUUAUCAUGGACUGACAGACAUCCUCGUAGUAAAUGCCACGGAUGCAGACGUUGGCGAUAACGCAAAAAUAUCGUACUUCAUCCUGAAUCCAGUGGAUGGUUUUACGAUUGGCAGAUCUGAUGGCAUCCUAAAGGCUAAUCUCACCAACGCUUCAACUCUAACAAAUGAUAUACAGCUUACAAUCAAAGCUUCAGAUUCUGGUAACCCUCCGUUGCACUCAUUUGCUUCAGUAAGAGUAAAAAUUAGUGGAGAGUCAUCGCCAAUUUCUUCUCAUGGAAGAAACGAUUAUAAAGUAAGCAUCCCGGAGAAUACUCCCAAAGGAACGACAAUCCUCCACUUGGAGAACAACAAGCAAAUCGCCAACUUUAGGAUUGUAGAAGGAAAUGAAGACUCAAUCUUCGAAGUAUCCAAUCCAUCCGGUGCUCUAAUUGUCAUCAAAUCAUUGGACAGAGAAACUACCGAUGUUUAUCGUUUAAAACUAACAACGGAUUACUACCACUCCAACGUAUCAGCCAUUAAAGUAGAAGUCACGGUCGAAGAUAUAAACGACAACGCUCCAGUCUUCAAGCAAAUCGACAACGAACUUACAAUAAGUGAGGGCACUUCAGUGGGAACCCAAAUUCAAAAGUUUGAAGCUACAGAUGCUGACUUGGCUAAGACCAGAAACUCGGACGUAAUUUUUGACAUAACAUCAGGAAACGACGAAGGAUUAUUUAGACUUGAUCCAGAAACAGGGGCACUUUAUGUUAAUCGAACAUUGGACUACGACGAAGGCAACACCGAAUACAAUUUCGUAGUAAGAGCAUGCGAUAAAGGCGAGACUCCUCUGUGCACUCUUAAUACCUUUUUGGUGAUUCUCGAAGACAUGAACGACAAUGCUCCCACAUUCCCAGUUACUGAAUACUUGGAAUUUGUCGGCGAGAACGAGCCAGUUGGUACAGUCGUUUUUACUGCACAUGCUACAGAUCUUGACAAAGGUCCUUUUGGAACACUGAAUUAUUCCAUCAUCUCUCCUACGGUUUAUAACGGACUUGAUGACUCCUGGAAACUGUUUCACAUAGAUCAUAACACUGGUGUUGUUGCAACAAACGCAGUGUUUGAUUACGAACAGAAAAGCAGGUACUUAUUCAUGAUAAAAGCUACAGAUAUUGGUGGCAAAGAUUCUACAGUAAAAGUGCGGGUAGAAAUAGAGAGUAAAGAUGAGUUCCAUCCACAAUUCACUGAAAGGACGUACAAAUUUGUUUUGGCUACAUCAGUGCAUUUAACUCCCGGUUACGUAGUAGGUAACGUUUUAGCUACUGACAGAGACAAAGGCCCUGACGGUAGAGUAGUUUACCAACUCACCACACAACAUCCUUAUUUCAAAAUAAAUAGAACAAGUGGUGCAGUUAUGAUUAAAAAGAAGUUCACCAACAACGACCUUCCAACAAUCGGAAAAGAAAUCAGUCUUGUAGUCACAGCUAGCUCUGGUAGACAAGGCUCAUUAACCAACAUGUCCGUGGUGGAAAUCACUUUGGAUCCGUUUGCCGACCCGGGCACAAACUUGGCGAUCAACAACGGUACUUCCAGCAACGGAGGUAUUGCCGACUGGGCCUUGGGACUUCUGAUUGCUUUGAUUUUGCUCUUGAUUACUUUUGGAGCAGUAUUCGUUUUCUUGCACAUGCGGAACAAGCGCAAUAAGAAAAUUAACAAGCCUAAUCUGAGCAACGAAUCAGUGUCAACCUCUAAUAAUUACGUGGAUCCGAGCGCUUUUGACACUAUUCCAAUACGAGGUGGAGGAGGAGUAGUUUCCGGAGUAAAUAACCAAUUCGCCCCUCCAAAGUAUGAUGAAAUUCCGCCGUACGGAGCAGGACACGCAGCCAGUUCGAAUUCUGGUGCCGCCACCACUUCCGAACUGUCAGGUUCGGAACAGUCCGGCUCUAGUGGUAGAGGAUCGGCCGAGGAUGGAGAUGAUGGUGAAGAUGAAGAGAUUAGAAUGAUUAAUGAAGGACCAUUACAAAGAGAUUCUGGCAUUCACAGACAAAACGACGAUGAUAAUCUUUCGGAUGUUUCAGUGAGGAAUACCCAGGAGUAUUUAGCACGAUUAGGUAUUGUAAAUAAUAGUAACCCUGGCGUUCCUCAAGUCGCGUCUAGAUUAUGUCCUGAUCCGAGAGCUGGAAGCAGUAAAGAUCUCCAUCACCACCAGGCGGUUCCUUUAGAUAGUUUGCACAUCUUUGACGAAGAGGGUAACGCUGAGAACGACAUCACUAAUUUGAUUUACGCCAAACUGAGCGACGUAGCCGGCAGUGAUAGAGCGAGUUCUGCUGACGAGGGUGCCGUGUCGACUUCAGCUUUGGGCAAUACAGUAGAUCCUGUAAUAGUAAUGGGCGGCUACGGAGAAGUACCGAACGUUACACACCAACCUUCCAUGAACGGCUCGUUAAGCUCCAUAGUCCACAGUGAGGAAGAACUAGCCGGCAGCUACAAUUGGGAUUACCUAUUGGACUGGGGACCGCAGUAUCAACCGUUAGCCCACGUUUUCUCCGAGAUUGCAAGACUGAAAGACGACACGUCAUCCGUACACAGCGGCGCGAGUGGCACUUCGAGCAUCAAAAGCAAGAACUCAGUGGCGCCCGUCAAGACGAUCCCUCCACCACUCAUCACAAACGUUGCCCCCCGGUCGAUAGCAAUGCCCGUGCUGAAUGCCAGGGGCGCAUCUAGUCACCAUGGGACUGGUGGACACAACCUGAUGAUUCUGCCCAGGUCGCCCAUCAACCACGACACGGCGUGCUCGACAUUCAGCAACUCGUCGGCGAUGUCACCCAGCUUUUCGCCGUCGCUGUCGCCCCUGGCGACCAAAUCGCCCUCAAUCUCGCCGCUGGUGGCGCCCGGACUGCCGACCGCCCACCACGUUAUAUCAAGACAGCCAACACAGAACAGGAACAAGACUGUUGUGGACACUGAACUCAGAAUAUAGUGCCUCUGAAUUAAUUUUUAAGUGGUCGGCUGUGCUGUAGUUGAGUUUAAAAGACUGAUAUUUUAAUCAUGUUUUAAAUCGAUUGUGUAUAUUUUUGUAUAUAAUUUUUAGCAAUGCUCAGUUUAGGUAGUAUAUUUUUGCCUGCCAUUUUUAGCCAUACAUACUUGAGAUUUUUGUAAAAAAGUUGUCCCCCAAUUAAAUUAUUGAUCCAAUGUGUAGAUAUGUAUGUAUUGAUUCGUUUUGUAAGUCAAUUGUAAAUUAUCUAAAUUAUUCGAAAUAUAUAACCAAAUGAAAGCAAAAUGUGUCGCCGUUUUGUCUUGAACGAAAUGUAUACUCUGUAAAUUUAAGUACUGAUACUUGUGUCAUAAAUGAUAGUUGUAAAAAAUGUACAAAUUAAAGUAAAUUGACAAACAAAUAAAAGACUUUAUA